GGGCGUAUCACGAAAAGUGUGUGCGUCAGUCAUCUGUUCUAGAUAACCGAACCCAAAAUAAAAGAUGAGAGACGGUGGCAAUCGAAGCAUGGUCCACGAGAAGAGGAUAUUAUCCAGAUAUAAUUCUCGGUCUCCCUGAGCAUCUAUCCCUUGAUUCUUUGGUUCUUCCUCUUGUCUUUGUUUGUCCCAUUGCUUCUAGUUUUAAACGCACCGUGUGUUGGAGUUUUUGGAGGAAAUUUCGAUUUGGCCUUCUUCCAGAAAGCUUUUCUCGGGAGUUACUGGUGACUACAAUUUUUUGCCUAUGCACAGAAUUGAAGGUGGGUUGUGCGUAGGAAAAUGGACAGAUUGUGUGGUCCUGCUCGUGUCAUGAUAGUCUCGGAUCUUGACCAUACGAUGGUUGAUCAUCAUGAUCCAGAUGAUUUGUCAUUGCUUAGGUUCAAUGCCUUAUGGGAAGCACAUUAUAGGCAUGACUCGCUGUUAGUUUUCUCUACUGGAAGAUCGCCUACACUUUACAGAAAGCUGAGGGAGCAGAAGCCAAUGCUAUCUCCUGAUAUAACUAUAAUGUCAGUGGGGACUGAGAUAACAUAUGGUGAAGCUAUGCUGCCAGAUGAUGGUUGGGAACAUGUGCUGAACCAGAAAUGGGAUAGGGAGAUAGUUAUUGAAGAAGCAUCCCAUCUUUCACAUCUCAAGUUCCAAUCACCAACUGAGCAACGACCGCACAAAGUUAGCUUCUAUGUGGAAAAGGAGCGUGCCCAGGAAGCAAUUGCCACAUUCUCAAAGACACUAAAGGAUCGUGGGUUAGAUGUGAAAAUCAUUUACAGUGGUGGCAUUGAUCUGGACAUUUUACCCCAAGGGGCUGGUAAAGGACAAGCUCUGGCAUAUUUACUCAAAAAGUUCAAUUCUGAGGGGAAGCUUCCCACAACUACUCUUGUAUGUGGUGAUUCAGGAAAUGAUGCAGAUCUUUUCAGUGUGCCAGACGUUUAUGGUGUCAUGGUCAGCAAUGCUCAAGAAGAACUAUUGCAGUGGCAUGCAGAAAAUGCGAAGGACAACCCUAAAAUAAUUCAUGCGACUGAGAGAUGUGCAUCUGGAAUUAUUGAAGCUCUUGGCCAUUUCAGGUUAGGAGCUGCCAUCUCUCCGAGGGACAUCACUGAUUAUUCUCAGUACAAGACAGAGGGUUUCAUUCCUGGGCUUGAAGUAGUAAAAUUUUAUUGCUUGUAUGAGAGAUGGUGCCGUGCUGAUACUGAAAAUUCAGAGAAGCAUCUGCAGGAUAUGAAACACACCUUUUCUGCGAAUGGAGUCACUGUCCACCCAUGGGGUGCUGAACAGUCCUUCUCCGAUGCUGUGGAGGCAUUAAGGAAUUGUUAUGGUGAUAAGCAGGGAAAACCAUUUCGGGUAUGGAUUGACAGGAUUUCAGGGCAACAAAUUCAUUCGGAUACAUGGGUUGUGAAGUUUCGUAAGUGGGAGUUUUAUGGGGAAGGGAGGCGAGGCUGCAUCACAACUGCUAUACUACAGUCAAAGGCCGGGCCAUCAGAACAGUGCGUCUGGCUUCAUCUGCAUCAGACAUGGCUAAAUGAGAUGGGAAUCAUGGAGGAGAGUGGGUGGAUAUUCUAGAAGGUGGGGAGAUGCCUUAUGCUGCACCACUUAUAUGUGUGAAAAUUUAUUUAUAUUAUCCAACAGGGGAGCAUUAUCUUUCUGAGUGCGAGUUAGCUGGUGUUUGGUUCAAUAAUGGUGCAUCUCCCGCGUAUUGAACUUCAAGCAUCGUGUUAACAAUGACCACCCAUACAAAAUAAGCGGUUCACCUGUUGUGUUUCUCAUUAUUUCUUUCAAAGUGACCAUGAUCUAGUAGUCCCACCUUGUUGCUGGGAGUGGACCUUCCACACGAUGUUAACCCUACUUUUCCCCACAUAAAUAAUGGAUCGUAUUCUUUA